GUGGUGUUACAUCGAUGGAUUCCUUUUUAGAGAAAUUCUUUCCAAAAGUUUACAGGAAAGAAAUAUCUGUUAAACCAUCUGAUGAUCAAUAUUGCAAGUUUGAUAGUCAAACACUAACGUUGUUUACAUCUUCCUUAUAUUUGGCUGCUCUUCUCUCAUCCAUGACAGCCUCUCGGAUAACCCGAGGUCUUGGUAGGAGGAUGACGAUGAUGUUAGGUGGUUUAUUUUUCGCCAUUGGUGCUGUUAUCAAUGGUUUCGCUGAAAACGUACUCAUGCUUAUUAUAGGUAGGGUAUUGCUUGGCUUCGGCAUUGGAUUUGCUAAUCAGUCUGUUCCGAUUUAUUUAUCUGAGAUAGCUCCCUUUAAGUACCGAGGGGCGAUGAACAUAAUGUUUCAAUUUUCAAUCACCAUUGGUAUUUUAAUUGCCAAUUUGUUGAAUUACUUCACUGCUAAGAUCGAAGGUGGGUGGGGUUGGCGGUUGAGCUUGGGUGGAGCCGUUGUCCCUGGUUUGGUCUUUUUCUUUGGUUGUUUUUUCCUCACUGACUCACCCAAUUCAUUGCUUGAACGUAACAAGUUUGAAGAGGCUAAAGUUCAACUCCAAAAGAUCCGUGGUAUUGAUAAUGUGGAGGAAGAGUUCAAUGAUUUGGCUAAAGCCAGUGAGGCAGCCAAGUUGGUUCAAAAUCCAUGGAGAGAGAUUUUAACCAGGAAGUACAGGCCUCAGCUCAUUUUUGCUGUGUUAAUUCCUUUAUUUCAGCAAUUAACCGGCAUGAAUGUGUUCGUGUUUUAUGCUCCUGUCUUGUUCAAGAGCAUGGGAUUUGGUAACAACGCUUCCCUCAUGUCCGCAUUAAUCACUAGCGUUGUCAACUUUUUUGCAACACUUGUUUCCAUUGCCACUGUCGAUAAGUACGGGAGGCGAACCCUUUUCCUCGAAGGUGGUCUUCAAAUGUUGCUCUGUCAGUUUGUGAUGACCGUUUCAAUUGCUUCUAAAUUUGGAACCAGUGGGAACCCAGGUGAACUUCCAUUAUGGUUUUCGAUGCUAGUGGUGAUAGCAAUGUGCGUAUACAUAGCGGGGUUUGCGUGGUCAUGGGGUCCAUUGGGUUGGCUAGUUCCUAGCGAGAUAUUUCCGCUUGAAAUUCGAUCAGCUGCUCAGAGUAUAACAGUGGCCGUCAACAUGAUAUUCACAUUUUGUAUUGCUCAAGUCUUUACCACCAUGCUUUGCAAUUUAAAGUUUGGUCUUUUUAUCUUCUUCGCAGUAUGUGUGGUUGGGAUGAGCAUUUUUAUUUACAAGUUUUUGCCUGAGACCAAAGGAGUACCUAUUGAAGAAAUGACUACUGUUUGGAAGAAUCAUCCUCGUUGGAGUAAGUAUUUCGUCCAGAAAGAUUUAAGCUGUGAAAUGGGAAAGCUUUAA